GCAGAACGUCACAGUGAGCAGAAAAGGAACCUGGCUCAGUUCAGUUUACUGAGCCUCCACAAUGUCCUCCCUGAAACUCACGCUCAUCUCUCAGGUUCUGCUCCUGCUGCUGCUGGUGGUGGUGGAGAAUAGCUGGGCCCUCUCAUGUUUACCCUGUUAUGAAUUUGAAUGCCAGGAGCCGCUCUGUCCCGGUGGGAAAGUGUUGGGACCCUGUGGCUGCUGCUACCAGUGUGCCAAACAGAAGAAAGAGAGUUGCGGAGGCCCGUUCGGUACUAAUGGGGAGUGCGACCUGGGGCUAAAGUGUGUGACCAGAGGACACUUCGGAGGCGAUAUAGGAGAGUGUGAAGAAAAACAACUGACAGAUGAUAAUGAGUUCAUGGUGUGGCUGAAGGCCAGGCUGACGCGCAGAGGAGGAAACCAUGACUGAGGAGAGCCGACACAAUGGGAAGAAGAAGAAGAGGAAUUCGAUUAUUACUAAA